AUGGAAAACCACAGUCUAACAGUGCUAAAUGAGUUCAUCCUCCUGGGGAUCACAGACCGCCCUGAGCUGCAGGCCCCCUUAUUUGGGCUCUUCCUGACCAUCUACGCGAUCUCAGUGCUGGGCAACUUGGGCCUGAUCAUCCUCACCAAGGUGGACCCCAGGCUCCAAACCCCCAUGUACUUCUUCCUCAGACACCUGGCUCUCACUGACCUCGGUUAUUCAACAGCUGUGGGACCUAAAAUGUUGGUAAAUUUUCUGGCUAAUCAACGCACCAUUUCCUAUAAUUGGUGUGCUACACAGCUAGCUUUCUUUAUCAUGUUCAUCAUUAGCGAACUUUUCAUUCUAUCAGCAAUGGCCUAUGAUCGCUAUGUGGCCAUCUGUAACCCUCUGCACUACACGGUCAUCAUGUCAAAAUCAGUAUGCUGGGUGCUCGUGGCUGUCCCCUACCUCUACAGUGCGUUUCUUUCUCUGUUAAACACAGUAAAGAUUUUUAUUUCAUCCUUUUGUGGCUAUAAUGUCAUUAAUCACUUCUACUGUGACAGUCUCCCCUUGUUAACUUUGCUGUGCUCAAACCCACAUGAAAUUGAGUUGACGCUACUAAUCUUUUCAGCAUUUAAUUUGGUUUCUUCUCUCCUGAUAGUCCUUGUGUCCUACACACUGAUCCUUCUGUCUGUCCUCAGGAUGAAUUCUGCAGAGGGCAGGCACAAGGCCUUCUCCACCUGUGGGUCCCACCUGACGGUGGUAGUCAUAUUUUAUGCUACUCUGUCCUUCAUGUACAUACAACCCAAAUCCAGUCAUUCCUUUGACACUGAUAAAAUGGCCUCUGUAUUUUAUACCUUGGUAAUACCCAUGCUGAACCCCAUGAUCUACAGCUUGAGGAACAAAGAGGUAAAAGGCACACUGCAUAGGAUAUGGAAAAAUCUGUGCAAAUUUCCAACAUAG